AUGGCAAAGGAUGGAUCUUCCAACCAGGGGUCCUCGGAACAGACUCCCGCCGACGACCGAAAUGGAACACUGCAGAAGCAGACGACAGUGGCGUCGGGGUUAUCCGUUUUUGAACAGCGCGCGCAGUCCGUCAUCUCUAGGAUUCGGAGCCGAGAACCAGGUCAGAAUGCGCUUUUCACGCAUCCGCUCUCCCAUAUCAAGACAGUCGACGACGUGAUCGUUGAGUUUGACGGUCCGGAUGAUCCUUACAAGCCGCUGAAUUGGGGGUUUGGGAAGAAGUGUAUCACUACUUUGCUCUACGGAUUGACAACUAUGGGCGCCACUUGGUCAAGUUCCAUUUACUCAACCGGUAUAAGGCAGGUUGAUUCCGAGUUUAGAGUAGGCGAAGAGGUCGGACUGGGCCCUCUUGUAUGGGCUCCUCUGUCUGAAGUUUACGGACGAAAACCCGCCGUCCUGGCGCCCUAUUUCAUAGCGGCGAUUUUCUCAUUCGCCACGGCCACGGCGAAAGACGUGCAAACCGUGAUGAUCACAAGAUUUUUUACUGGAUUCUUUGGCUCCGCGCCUAUUACUAACACCGGCGGCGUGUUAAGUGAUAUCUGGACAGCGGAGGAUAGAGGCGCAGCCAUUGUAGGAUACGCCCUGGCUGUGGUGGGAGGACCGGUUCUGGGGCCCAUUGUUGGCGGUGCCAUUUGUCAGAGUUAUCUAGGAUGGAGAUGGACUGAAUAUCUAACCGGAAUCAUGAUGAUGUUCUUUCUUACCAUGGACAUCCUCUUCCUCGACGAAAGCUACCCCCCUGUUCUUCUAGUUUACAAAGCGCGUCGACUCCGCUUCGACAGCGGAAAUUGGGCACUUCACGCGCGCCACGAAGAAUGGGACGUGACGUUCAAAGAGCUCGGAAACAAAUAUCUCAUUCGUCCGUUCGCCCUCCUAUCCACUCCCAUCUGCUUCCUCGUCGCUCUCUACGCCUCCUUCGUUUACGGCAUUCUCUAUCUCAGCCUUGGGGCAUUCCCGAUCGAAUUCCAAGAAGUCCGAGGAUGGAAUCAAGUCGUUGGUGCUCUGCCAUUCCUCGCUUACUUUGUUGGGAUUCUCUUCGGUGCAUGCGUGAACCUUUUCAAUCAGAAAUUCUACAUCAAGCGAUUAAAAGCCAACAAUGACUUCCCUGUCCCCGAGGCACGGCUUCCGCCUAUGAUGGUUGGGUCGGUUGUUUUCGCAGCGGGGUUGUUCGUCUUUGGUUGGACUAGUGAUCCUGAUGUCCACUGGAUCGGACCUAUCAUCGGUGCUGUUAUGAUGGGGUUUGGGUUCUUUACGAUUUUCCAGGCCGCUUUGAACUAUCUCAUUGAUACCUUUCAAAAAGUUGCCGCCAGUGCUGUCGCUGCAAAUACGUUCCUUCGCAGUCUUUUCGCGGGUUGUUUCCCGCUCUUUGCGCAUAUAAUGUUUCGGAAACUGGGUGUCGAUUGGGCUUCCAGUGUUCUGGGCUUCGUGGGGAUUGUUUUGAUUCCCAUCCCGUAUCUGUUUUAUAUCUUUGGGAAACGUAUCCGAGCUAGGGGGAAGUGGUCCAGGGCUUCGGUUUACGGUUACUAA